AUGAAAAAAAGGGUGCCAGAUGCAGGAGAUUUUUUGGAAUCGUAUUUUCUAGGCUUAUCAUGCCUUGUAUGUUCCGAGCAGUUUUACAUUCUAAUAUCGCAGACCAAGGCUUCGGCUAGUUUUCAAUGGUACCUAUUGUUAUUCACAGCUUUUGCUACCUUGACAUCGGUACUAAUAUUGUAUGAGAAAACUCAUGAUGAAUUUAUUACUCUACUUCAUUAUUAUUAUUCAUGUUUACUAGCCUUCUUGGUUGGUUUUGUUUGGAUAAAAAUAACAUCGGUUCUCGUUAGUACCUGUACUACUAUUGUAAUUGGAUUUUUAACAACUUCUCUGAUCAUUGAAGCAUGCGCUCACUACUCUUCUAAUGCUAAAUUGUUGCUUUCAUUCAUCGCUGGUUUAUUAUCAGCAAGGAUCCUCCCUAGUUUCUGUUGGAUUUUGACUUCGAAAGAAGAUUAUGAGUCACAGUCUAUGUCAAUAUCUUUAAUAUUGAGUAUUGCAAGAUUUUCGUCCUGUUUACUUUCGAUAUGUAUGAAGUUUAUCAAGGCAGAGCUCUCAUUUGCUAAGGUUAAAUCAAUAAAAUUUGAAAGUGAUCAAUUUUCUUUUAAAUUCUGUCCCGAAGCCUUCAGUAAAUUGUAUGAAUUUUAUUGUCAGAGAAUUACUACUGAUUUGAAAGAAGAAAAAGAAAUCUAUUUGACUAUAUAUAGUUACAUUAAGUACUUUUUUCCCAUUUUUUGUUUCUUUUGUUCUGUUGUAUUCUUUUUACCAUUAUCUCCCGUUAUGGAUGCCCAUUUGAAUAGGAGAUCAAAAUUCAUGUAUGCUCCUCAUGUAAUUAGAUCCUUAUCCAUCUUUGAAACUGCUUCUCAUUUACUUGGGUUCAGUAUUGGUAUCCUGUUUCCAGCUUCAAUCAGUUGCAAUUUGAGUUUUUGUUUUAUUAAUAUUCUUAAUAUUAGUAUUCGACUCUUUGUUCAGGAACGGUUUUCUUUUUUUCUGAAAUUUUUUUCUAACAUUGGUAUUUACUUGAUGGUAAUUAUAUAUUCAACUUUAAAUGGAUAUGUUUGCUCUUACGAUUUAUUUGUUAUUAGAAAUACUUUUCACAAUUGUAAGAAAGAAGAUUCUGAACAUACUUGUUGUGGAGAUAAAUUUCUUACUCAAUGCUAUUGUAGGUAUCCAGCAAUUAUUGAUGAGAGAAAUAAGUGUAUUUAUUCACGGACUAAUCUUUGUAAUUCAAAAUCGUAUGUAGCUUUUUUAAAAAACUGUAACUCAAUGAACCUUAUUUUAAAUUUCUCCAGUUUGACUCAUUGUUAUCCUUUUAACAGAUUUUCAUGUUCUGAAUCAUUCUGCAAAUAUAAAAGCUUGGAUUAUUGCUCUUCUGGGCCAAACGCUAUUCUUUUGGUGCAAAAGGAUAAAAAAAAAGAAAUGAGUGAAAUGUGUAAACGAAUCUGUUGCGAAGGGAACUGUUGUGAAACCCCUUGUCAGAAAGAAAAGUGUGGUUGUUUGAGAUUAUGUGGAAUGUAUGAAAUUGAAACUGUUACAACGAGUACAUGUGAUGAUUGCCAGUUAACUGUAAGAAUUGAGGGAACUAAAUGCGAUAUCUGUUCUAAGUGCAGCGAAGCUGGAAGUAGUGGGACUUGUUCAUGUAAUGGUAAAGGUUCGAAUAGCUGUUGUGUAUGUGUAAAGUGUUGCGAUAAGAACUGUUGUACUAAAAGUUGCACAGAUGAAAAAUGUUGCAUAAAACUGUGUUGUUGUAAGAAUUGCAAAAAUUCUGUUAAAAGUAAUGGUACCCGAGUCUUCCUAUUUUAUGAAAAUAAUGAUGUAUGUUGUAUAAGAGAAAUAAAGCCAGAUACCACUCCAAAAUUUGAUGGUAAUGCAAAGGCUCAAUGCACUUUUUAUAUAAGCAGUAUAUUUAUUUCCGAUUGUUGUCAUUCAGACAUCCAGGUUGAUUUGCAUUGUAAAAUGAGUAAUAACUUCUUCAGAGUGACAGAUAUAAAAUACCCCAAGAAAACAAUAGCUCCAACCUCUGUUCAAUUAUGUCAAAAUAAUAAACAAUGUUGUGAAAAGAAAGAAGAAAAGCAAUGUCGCUGUGCAAGUGCUCUUAAAAAGGUAAUAGUUGAGUAUCCUAGCGAAGAUCCGAAGUCUGAGGAUGAAAAAUGUAAUUGUCCAGCUAGUUGCACCAAAUGUAGUUGUUGCCAACCCGGUAAUUGUUCUUGUACACCUAAAUCAAAUGAGUCUAAUUGUUGUAAGUGCAGUGAAGACGGUUGCCCGUGUUCUAAAGGUGAUUCGUCUUGUAAUAAUGGUUGUUGUAAAGAUGGUAAGUGUUGUUGUUGUUUCUGUGCGAAAUUUACCAUAUCACCAGAUAACUCAUUUGAUAAGAGGAUGAAACCAGUGAAGAUCAAACUUAUAUCGAUUUUCUGGAUAUUAUUUUUCUUAAUAUUAAUAUUGACCUACCUUAUAAUGUCAUCUAUUAAAGUCAAAGAAUUAGAUUAUUACGAUUUUAAACCUGUAACAUCAUAUGAGAUGAUAACUAGUAAAACCAAAAGGAAUGCUCUGAAUUCACCAGAUGACGUGAAACGUAGAAUAGAUGAGUUUUUAAUGAAUUCAGGUUUGGAGAGUAAAGAAUAUGAUAGUGAAUUAGAACAUAUGCUCAAGCUUUUUGAAUGUACACUAGAUCCAAAUAAUUUUACAUUCCUCAAAUAUCACCUGGAUGAAGUAUCAUUAAAGCUUCUGAAUAAUCCAGUAUUUAUUCUUAGAACAAAAAUUGAGAUGGUUACCUGGAGUUGUUGCUUAGGAUUUAUGUAUACUUAUAUUAUUGAGAUGCUCAUUAGAAUCCAAAGUUUUUUUGUAAACUGGGAGUAUGUAUGGGAAAAGGAGUACAAAUAUUAUAGAAUGAAAAUGGCAAACAGAAUUAAUCAGUUUACACGUGGAUCGAAGUUUGGAGUAGCGGCCUUGAGUGAAUCGGAUAUUGGACUGAAAACAUACAUGUUGAUUGGCAAGUCAAGAAAAGAUACAUUGGAAGGUUUAUCCGAAAGGGUAGAAAGCUAUUUGGAUCUGUACGAUGGAGAAAUUGAAAUUAAAGAAAAAGAAUUUCCCGAGUCAUUAGAUGAAAGACUAGAGUACUUUAUAAGUAUUUGGGAGUCUAGGAUAGAUCACCUUGAGGACUGGAUAACUUCAAGAACUAAUGUAUUUGAUUGGGAUAUAUUUAUGGAGCAAUAUCCAGAUAUAAGAACAUGGGUAAAUAUGUUUGGAAGGUAUAUUCAGGGGGCCUUGAAUGAAGUUGAGUUUGACGAAAAGAAGUUUAACAAAGGAACUGAAGUGUUUUUAAUUGAUAAAAUAAAUUAA